AUGGCUGUUCUGUAUCCCCAACAUCUGCUUGCUAUUCACCUGGUCGGCAACAUGGACAUUCUAACGACGGUCACUUCGCCUUACCAAAUGCUCACAAUAGCUUUCUAUUCCUAUCUCCCUCAAGUAUUCUACUUCUUCGAGAGCACAUGGGAGUACUCUAAACUGAAUCCACUAGGCGAGAAGUUUUUGACUUUGUUCACUGAAACCGGUUACAUUCACCUGCAAGCGACCAAGCCGGACACCAUUGCUUCCUCUCUGGUGGACAGUCCCGUCGGACUGGCUGCCUACAUUCUCGACAAGUUUGCCUCCCUUGGUGCUUUGGGCAAUGUCAAUCGCAAAGACGGCGGUCUAGUGGAGAAGUUUGAUCUGGACGAACUUUUGACCAAUGUCAUGCUUUACUGGCACUCUUCAUCAGGAAUUGCCGCUAGCUUGCGGUUCUGGCGGGAAAACUUUGUAGAAAACACUGAUCUGCUAACAAUCAUUCUCAGGGAAAAGCAGUCACAAAAAUCUUACGUUAGUAUAUUGAAGAUGGGAAAGGGAGUGAUAGUGCUGACACUGCUGCUGGCAGUGGGCGCCUUCGUCUACUACAAGUCCACCAGCUGCUGCCACAAGAAGGUAGAUGUGGCGCCCUACAGGGUCGAUGGGUAUUUUGGCAAGGCGGCCAUUAAAGCCGGUCAGGCAGCUCCCAAAGACAACCCGGCAAUUCGGCCCUUCAAGGUGAACGUGCCCGAGGCCGACCUGGUUGACCUGAAGAGCCGCCUUUCAAAGGCGCGCUACGUUGAUCACAUCGAGGGAACGCACUUCAACUACGGCUUCAACUCAAACUUCCUCAAGAAGGUGGUCACCUACUGGCAGACCAAGUACGACUGGAAGAAGGAGGAGGCAAAGCUGAACGCAGUCCCCCAGUUUGUCACCCAGAUUGAAGGCAUUGAUGUACACUUCCUGCAUGUAAAGCCCGCAAAGAAGGCAAAGACGGUGGUACCGCUUCUCAUCAGCCACGGCUGGCCUGGAUCGGUGCUCGAGUACUACAAAACCAUUCCACUGCUCACUGAACCCGAUGAAAACGGUGUUGCAUUUGAACUGAUCAUUCCAAGCAUUCCCGGCUACGGUUUUUCAGAAGCACCGCACCAGCAAGGCUUUGACGGCAACGCAGCUGCUCGCGUCUUUGUCAAGUUGAUGAAACGACUGGGCCAUGAAAAGUUUUACGUCCACGGCGGAGAUUGGGGUAACCUGAUAGUGCGACUGAUUUCAAUUAUCUUCCCUGAAAACGUCAUCGGUGCUCACAUUCUCGGCAACUGGGAGGGCAUCAAUCACAUGGAGUCGGGUUGCUACAUUGCCAAGGUCCUCCUUGCGCAGUACUUCCCCAGUCUUUUCUUCUCAGCAGAGACGCGUGAUCGAGACUACGCUAAACUGUUCCCGCUGAAGGAUCGCAUCUUCUACCUCCUUCAGGAAAGUGGCUACAUGCACAUUCAGGCGACCAAGCCGGACACUGUGGGCGCCGCUCUGGUGGACAGCCCCGUCGGUUUGGCUGCCUACAUUCUCGAGAAGUUCUCCACGUGGACAAAUCCCGCGUACCGUGACCGUGAUGACGGCGGUCUCACCGAGAAGUUCACCCUCGACGAGUUGCUUACCAACAUCAUGAUUUAUUGGACUUCGGGAAACAUUGCCUCCAGCCAGCGAUUCUACAAAGAAAACUUGGCACGACAUAACCCUAUUGCCAAUGCUAAACUGACCGUUCCAGCAGCCACUGUCGACACACCACAUGAGAUGGUCCGUACGCCUCGCAAGCUAGUGGAACACGCCUACACAAAUCUAGUUAGUUACAGCGAGUUUCCUGUGGGUGGGCAUUUCACAGCAUUUGAGGAGCCCGUUAUUACAAGCAACGACAUUCGCUCCUUUGUCCACAAAGUCAUUGAGCAACAGGAGCAGGCCAAGCGGGACCAGCAGGCGAAGCAGCAGAAGAAGGUCAAGGAUGAAGUUUGA